UCGGCCAGAGACUUCCGUAUACACACCUUUUACCUCGAGAACAACCUUUCCUUAAUUCUGUAACGUCCCAUCUUACGUUAAUAAAGUCCGAUACAUGCAAAUCUAUAUAGUAAUUCUAUAUAUGUGAAUCCUCUGCACAAGACGACGGACAAUAUCAUGUACUGUUCUUAACUCAAUCAUAAGACUCGGAGCCUUCUAGCUCAAACUUGACCUACUUACAUCUAUAUAUAUAUAUAUAUAUAUAUAUAGUUAUAAAACCCUGAGUAAAUUGAAAAAAAGAUAAUAGAAGCUGUGGGAAGCGAAGACAAAAUGAAGCUGCUAAACUGGAUGCGAACUAGAAGGCAAAAUGGCUUAGACCCAUCAAAAGAUUUCAAAGGUGGUUUCGGUUGUCUAAGAGCUCAGAUUUCCUCUGACGUCCAAGACAUCCGCACAAACUCCUUCUCCUUCUCCGGACCCUCUCAUGACAAGAAUCUACCCAAAUUUGAAGAGAAACUUCGGUUUGAUGAAGACGGUUUCUGCGGUUUUCUGGCCAUCGGAACGCUUGGCACAGACCCUGAGACACCUAAGUUCUCAGCUACGUUUGCAGAAGAAGAUGUAAGCGGAGAGAAAAAGGAGAUGGCCAAGCUCAUUACUGAGAAACUAGACAAGUAUCUUAAGGAAUGUCCUGAGGAUAUUAGCAGUAAGCCGGUAGAAAGAUCGAAUGCAAAAGAAGAUAAGGCGAGAAAUGAUGAUGAGGAUUCUAAGCCCAAGAAGAAAGAUCUUAUUAGAAAGAGUGCUCAAACCAACCGACGUAAAGUCCACCCUGUUCUCUAUACACCUAUAAGAGACCAUAACGAGAUAGAUGACAGAAGAAAAGUGGAUCUCAAGGUCCAUAGUCUUACUGGAGGGUUUCUCGGUGCAAGUUCAACCUCGGAUGCGAACAGGAAAAGAGAAAAAUGGAUCAAGACCGACGCGGAGUAUCUUGUUUUGGAGCUGUGAAGAUAAAUACUCACUUCAACAAACCUCAAUUGAGGUUCCAAGCAAAGCUCUACCCUAUCACAUCCAUAUA